GUCACCAACCCGGAAGCUCUUUUUUUCCGUCGCUUAUUUUCUUGCACUUGUAAUCAACAAGAUGUACUUCAUGUAGACUUAAUUUUCUUUUUUUUAAUACCUUGUUGUUGUUUUGUCAGACUUACGCAAAAACCUGUUUUAAGUAGUAUUCUAAGUAAUAGUACGCCCACGGAACGCUUCCUUCCUGAGGGUGAAGGGUAAACAACAUGGCAUGUUAUUAUGUAACACUGACAAGUAUCUUCUUUAUUUCCUGAGAUGCACUUUAUUCCUAUAAACUUUAAAAGUGGGGAGAAAGAAGACACGUUGGAGUCAUCUAUUCUCUACACUGCCGCCUGUUGGCCAUGCAGGAAUAGGCUUCCUAUUUCAUCAUUUACCAAACAUCAAAUUAUAACUUUUUUGUAGUCUACUUUACAUUUAAUAUAUAUGUAAGUGCUGAAGGGAAUAUAAUUGAUAUAUAUGUAUAUGUGUGUGUCUGAUAAAUGGCAUGUUGUGGGCAAUAAGAGGUUAAAAAGUGGGGGACAGGCAGUGGGGGACAAGUGUGACGUCACAGAAGGAGGUGUCAUGUCCACAAGGUGUCAUGUCCACAAGGUGUUAUCUGACAUCAACAACCUGCAGUGAUUCUUCUUGUCUCUUCAUGUGGUGCAGUGAGGGCGGAGCCAUCGUGAUGCAGCAGGACCCGUCCAAACCUUUGAGACCUGCAACCCGGCAGGGGUCCGCCCCUGUUUUCCCCGCCUACUCCAGCUUCUCCGUGAGCGAGGAGGUCUUCCUGGAGGCCGCCAACGUUCCUCUGUUGAGGCGCAUGCUGGUGGAGCUGCCCCACCUCCACGGCGACAGUGUGGACCCGGCGGACCAGAAUGCUUUGCAGCUGGAGGUCACCAAGCUCCUCCUGGAGAAGAAGGAGUUGAUGAGGCUGGGGGUCACCAUCAGCAGAGGUCACGUACGCAUGGUGGACACCAUCUUGAGCCAGCAGGCCUUGGCCCACGUGGACAGGCUGACUUCCCCCCCCAGUCCGGUGGACUUGGACCUCUUGUCCAGUGACAUCAUUCUGGCUUCUCAGCACCACGACUACCAGAUGGUGCACCUGCUUCUGGCCAGGGGGGCCCGGAUCCAGCGCCCGCACCCCCACCUGUGCCAGUGCAGCACCUGUGGCCAGCACCUGGACCCCUUCACACACUCGCUGUCCCGCAUCCACGCCUACCAAGGUCUCGCCAGUCCAGCUUACCUGGCCCUGUCCCACCCAGACCCUGUCAUGGCGGCGCUGGACCUGAUCCAGCAGCUGGCGCUCUUGGCCCACACCGAGGUGGAGCUUAAGCAGGACUACCAGAACCUGUGGUCCCAGUGCCAAGACUUCCUGGUGGCCCUGCUGGACCUGUGUCACACCACGGAGGAGGUUCAGGCCGUGGUACACGGUCCCUCUCAGGACCUCAGCAGGUUGAAACUGGCCAUCAAGUACCAAGUCAAGAAGGUGCGCCAGGUCUUCUUUCCAGGUCUCCAGUCCAUGUUUGAAGAUGUUCCUCUCUCUCAGUUCCUGGCCCACCCCAACUGUCAGCAGCAGCUCUUGUCCAUCUGGUACCAGAACUGGUCUGGACUCCGCCAGCAGACCACGGCGGUGAAGGUCCUGCUGGUUCUGGGGGUCUCCUUGGGCUUGCCUCUUCUGGCCUUGGUGUCCUGGAUUGCACCGUCCAGCAAGUUAGGCAAGAUCCUGUGUGGACCUUUCCUGAGGUUUGUGGCCCACGCCGCCUCCUUUGUGGUCUUCCUGUGCCUGCUGGUCCUGAACGCGGCCGAGCGCCUCCAGGUGGCGCCCAACACCAGCACCUCACAGCUGCUUCGCAUGAAGACAACUCCCUUCACCUGGGUGGAGGUCUUCAUCAUCACAUGGGUUCUAGGGAAGAUCUGGGAAGACUGCAAGAAGGUUUGGUCCCAGGACAUCAGGGAGUACGUCUCAGAACCUUGGAACCUUCUGGACUUCACCAUGGUGGCUCUCUUCACCAGCUCCUUCACGGCUCGACUGAUGGCCUUCUGGCACGCGUACGCCGCCCAGCGCUACGUGGACCAGCACCACACCCACCUGCCCUCCCACAUCCAGUACUUCCAGCUGGCUCGGGCCGACUGGGCGCCGUCGGACCCGCAGCUCAUUUCCGAGGGCCUUUAUGCCGCGGCCGUGGUGCUGAGCUUCUGGCGCGUGGCCUACGUCCUGCCCGCCAACCAGAACUUUGGACCCCUGCAGGUUUCUCUGGGGAGAACUUUGGGGGACAUUUUCAAGUUCCUGGUGAUCUUCAUCACCGUGUUUGUGGCCUUCAUGGUGGGACUCUUCAACCUGUACUCCAACUACCUGGGCGCCAAGCACAACCCAGCCUUCACCACACUGGAGGAAAGUUUUAAAACUCUCUUCUGGGCCAUCUUCGGCCUGUCGGAGGUGAAGUCUGUGGUGAUGGACGUGGAGCACAAGUUCAUCGAGAACAUCGGCUACUUCCUGUACGGACUCUACAACAUCGUCAUGGUGGUCGUGUUGCUCAACGUGCUCAUUGCCAUGUUCAACAGCUCCUUCCAGGAGAUACAGGGUGACUGUGGCGUGGAGUGGUUAUUUGCCAGAUCCAAACUGUGGUUGUCCUACUUUGAGCCCGUCAACUCGCUGCCUGUGCCCUUCAACCUGCUCCCACAUCUGGACUUCCUGCGGGGAGUCAAAGUGUGUCCCUGGCAGAAGGACGGAGAUGAAAUGUUGAGUCAACAGGUGGAUACCAGCAAGGACACGCCCCUUUGUCCCAUACACCAUCAGAAGAUCAUGAAGCGCCUCAUCAAGAGACACGUCCUCAAAGCACAGCAAGAUAGAGAAAACCACCAAGGGAGUGAAGGUGAGCUGAAGGAGAUCAAGCAGGACAUCUCCAGUCUUGGCCAGGAGCUGCUGGAGGCCAGCAAGCAGGAAGUGAGCGCCCUGGCGGAGGUCAUCAGCCACCUGGGCGAGGUGUGACCAGGGACACUUCAUUAGGUACACGUCCCUUUCCAAAAUGUGACGUCACUGGAAAAACUGGUUAUAGUAUUUAGGUCAAUCCUUAAGGUUGGCCACACGGUGGUGCUGUCGUACAUUGUAAGAUGCUCCUUUGCAGGCUGUUUAUAUCAUUAUAUUGUUGACAUAUUCUCUGAAAUAUUAUAACAAUAUGAAUAUAAUAUGAAUAUGAAUAUAAUAUGUGUGGUGCAACUCUAACAUGUCACAUUAAUGGUAGGAAUGAAGGAGAUAAGUUAUAAUAUUGUUUAUUGUAACUGUAACCUUGUAAUACUGUAGUAUACUCUUAUCUUACACUUACAGACAAAUAAAAGUGCCUUUAUUUUGAAAGGUGUCAAGUAGUGUAAGUACUGCAAUAUCACAGAUGUCAAGUAGUAUAAAUACUGCAAUAUCACAGAUGUCAAGUAGUAUAAGUACUGCAAUAUCACAGAUGUCAAGUAGUAUAAGUACUGCAAUAUCACAGAUGUCAAGUAGUAUCAGUACUGCAAUAUCCCAGAUGUCAAGUAGUAUAAGUACUGCAAUAUCACAGAUGUCAAGUAGUAUAAGUACUGCAAUAUCACAGAUGUCAAGUAGUAUAAGUACUGCAAUAUCACAGAUGUCAAGUAGUAUAAGUACUGCAAUAUCACAAAUGUCAAGUAGUAUAAGUACUGCAAUAUCACAGAUGUCAAGUAGUGUAAGUACUGCAAUAUCACAGAUGUCAAGUACAAAGCCCAAAGCAGUGAAGUUGUCAGGUUGUGUAAAUAGUAAAUUAAAAAAAAGACAACAAAUCCUUUUCAACUUAUAUUCAAUUGAAUAGACUGCAAAGACAAGAUAUUUCAUGUUCACACUGAGAAACGUUGUUAUGUUUUGCAAAUAUUAGCUCAUUUGGAAUUUGAUGGCAGCAACAUGUUUCAAAAAAGCUGGCACAAGUGGCAAAAAAGAGUGAGAAAGUUGAGGAAUGCUCAUCAAAGACUUAUUUGGAACAUCCCACAGGUGAACAGGCUAAUUGGGAACAGGUGGGUGCCAUGAUUGGGUAUAAAAGUAGCUUCCAUGAAAUGCUCAGUCAUUCACAAACAAGGACGGGGCGAGGGUCACCACUUUGUCAACAAAUGCCUGAGCAAAUUGUUUAAGAACAACAUUUCUCAAGCAGCUAUUGCAAGGAAUUUAGGGAUUUCACCAUCUACGCUCCGUAAUAUCAUCAAAAGGUGCAGAGAAUCUGGAGAAAUCACUGCACGUAAGCUGCAUGCCCGUGACCGCAGGCUGUACUGCAUCAAAAAUGCGACAUCAGUGUGUAAAGGAUAUCACCACAUGGGCCCAGGAACACUUCAGAAAACCACUGUCAGUAACUACAGUUGGUCGCUACAUCUGUAAGUGCAAGUUAAAACUCUACUAUGCAAAGCCAAAGCCAUUUAUCAACAACACCCAGAAACGCUUUGCAGGGCUCAUCUAGGAUGGACUGAUGCAAAGUGGAAAAGUGUUCUGUGGUCUGACGAGUCCACAUUUCACAUUGAAUAUAAGUUGAAAAGGAUUUGCAAAUCAUUGUAUUCUGUUUUUAUUCACCAUUUACACAACGUGACAACUUCACUGCUUUUGUAGUUUGUAUAAAGUGAAUAUAAAGUUAAUAUAAGUUAUUAUAAAGUUGAUAAGAAGGUGAUGUUAUCCAGUAGUCACCAUGUGAGAAUGUGUCUGAUAUCAGUGCAGUGUGACGCAGGAGAUAUCACCAAGGUCUUUGAAUGCACCAUCUACUUCCUAACUUCACAAACACCACACUUUCAUCAAAGUAGUACUACAUCCACGCCUCUAAUACUACAUCCACACCUCUAAUACUACAUCCACACCUCUAAUACUACAUCCACACUUCUAAUACUACAUCCACACCUCUAAUACUACAUCCACACCUCUAAUACUACAUCCACACCUCUAAUACUACAUCCACACCUCUAAUACUACAUCCACACCUCUAAUACUACAU